AUGGGUAUAACUGAUUUCGAUGGUUAUCUUGAAAAGGAGAAGGAGAAGGUGAAAAGGGAGGUGAAGAUAAAACAAUCGAGACAUCAGAAGAGUUCCGACAUUAAAAGUUCGAAACAACUUCGUGAUAAUGCAGGCUUCAAACUAAAAGUUGUUGAGACAACAGCGAAUAAGAAUAAGCAGAGUGAUCCAGAGUAUGAAGUGAUCAUAGAUGGUACAUUGCGAAAAAUAAAACCUUAUUACUUCACCUAUAAAACAUUUUGCAAAGAGAGGUGGAGAGAUAGAAGAUUGUUAGAUAUAUUCGUCACAGAAUUUAGAGAUCGUGAAGAGGACUACUAUCGUAAAACUAUUGCAGCAGGCUUGGUGUAUGUUAACAAUGAACCCGCCAAUUUGGAGACAAUUGUUAGGAAUGGAGAUUUGAUAACGCAUAAGCUACAUCGUCAUGAACCUCCUGUAUCUUCCAGACCAAUUAAGAUUGUUUUUGAAAAUGAGGACAUAUUAGUCAUAGAUAAACCAUCCAGUUUACCGGUACAUCCAACCGGGAGAUUUAGAUUUAAUACCAUCACAAAGAUUUUGGAAAGAGAAAAUGGCUAUAUUGUACAUCCCUGCAAUAGAUUAGAUAGACCUACAAGUGGAUUAAUGUUUCUGGCGAAGACUCCCAGAGGAGCUGAUUCGAUGGCAGAUCAAUUGAAGGCAAGAGAAGUAUCUAAAGAAUAUGUGGCAAGAGUGAAAGGGGAAUUCCCAACCGAAGAGGUAAUUGUUGAGCAACCAUUAAGAUCGGUGGAACCAAAAGUGGCCUUAAAUGCAGUAUGCUCAAUGGAGGACCCAGGUGCCAAACAUGCCAAGACAGUAUUCAAAAGAAUCAGUUACGAUGGUCAGACUAGUAUUGUAAAUUGUAAACCACUAACCGGAAGAACGCAUCAAAUACGUGUCCAUUUACAAUAUUUGGGUUAUCCAAUCGCAAAUGAUACUAUUUAUUCUAAUCCAAAGAUUUGGGGUACAACUUUAGGGAAGGGAGGAGAUGCAGAUUUUAGCUCUGUUAUUAAAGAAUUAGAUAAAGUGGGCAAGACUGAAUGUGCAGAGAGUUGGUUUUAUCCUGAUUCGAUGGGUGAAGCAUUAAUGGGUGAAAAAUGUGCUAUAUGUGAAACGGAUUUGUAUACUGAUCCGGGUCCAAACGAUCUUGGGUUGUGGUUACAUGCAUAUCGCUACGAAUCAACUGAACUUGACAUGACAACUGGUAGAAAGAAGUGGAGUUAUAAGACGGAGUUUCCUGAAUGGGCUCUUGAAUCGCAUUAUGACUACAUGAAACUAGCAAUUAAUGAAGCCAGAAAAUGUGAACCAACAAACACUGCAUUCAGUGUUGGUGCCAUAUUAGUUAAUGGAACGGAAAUCAUAUCCAGGGGAUAUUCUAGAGAAUUAGAAGGAAAUACGCAUGCGGAACAAUGCGCAUUGGAGAAAUAUUUCUCUUCAAAGGGGAAGAAAGAUAUUCCAUUUGGCACUGUUCUUUAUACCACUAUGGAGCCAUGCUCAUUCCGGUUAAGUGGAAAUGAACCAUGUGUACAAAGAAUAUUAUCGCAGAAAGGUAAUAUUGGCACAGUGUUUGUCGGUGUGAUGGAACCAGAUACUUUUGUCAAGAAUAAUACCAGUUUGGCAUUAUUGGAAACAGCUGGGAUCAACUAUAUCUUGAUUCCUGGCUUUGAGACCGAAUGUACUGAAGCAGCAGUCAAAGGACAUGAAAAUAGAGCAGAGUAG